AUGGCGAGUAAUCAAAAUCGAUAUCGGUUGGAUAAAUACUCUGGAAGAAAGUACCAGCCACCGCUUCUAGAAUUUCUACAAAUACAAAACUACGUCUUCGCUUUGGUCAACAAUGCUAAGAAAAUCUUGAUCGAAGAGGAAAUGAACAAGAACAAACUUCAAGAAAGUGCGAAGAGAGACCAGGGAGAAGGUUCCGAAGAACCUCGUGAGAAUGACAAGGGAGAAAAUGAAACGAAAUCUCUUGACGAAGAAAGCGUGGAUAAAAGUCUCCAUGAUGAACCUCUUCCUGGCUUCCGUAAUGAAAGUUGUGACGAUCAAUUUAUUAAAGCAGAAAGCGAAUGUCCUGAUGCUGGAGAGCUGGACAAUGAAACUGAUCACCAACUUUCGUUGCUGACCACUCCUGAACUUAUCGUUGCACUUUGCCGUGAGGGAGGACAAACUGAAUUACCGACGGUUGAAAGUGAAACGAAAAUUACCGGCGAGAAAGAAUCCGUCGAUGACCUCAGUGGCAAUGACUGUGUUCAAUCCUGUAGUCAGACCUGGCUCAGUGUGGAAGAGAUAAACGUUUGCGACGUACCGGCUGCUGAGGCUGACACCACCCAGGUGUUGAGUGCCGCCGCGCCUUCAUAUCUCGAGAAGCCUCAGUCUGACUUCGAAAGUGCUUUGCCAUUGAAGCAGGAAUUUACUACUGAUCCAGUGGUCAGUGAGAAGACAAUCUCUCGUAAUUCAGAUGUUAUAAUUCCUGAAAUGAACAGUAUUCAAGAUACAGGAAAUACUGGCGACGAGAGUGAAUUAACCGACGGUGAAAGGUCUCCAGUCGUUCCUCACGUAUAUGCAAAAGUUUUCAUAUCAAACCAAAACGAUGAUGAUGACGAUUAUUACAAAGACAGGCAUAACGUUGUCGUUUCUGGAAAUGUCAUGAAAUCACCAACCCCAGGAAGGUCUGAGAAAUGUCAAAUCGAAGAUCAUGAAGACCAUUUUGAGGAACUUGUUGUAACAAGUAGCAGUGGUUUUAUGACAAAGAAAAACAGGAAAUAUGUUACCUGCAAAAAAGAAAAAGAGAAUGCCAGCACGAGUGAGGUGGCAGAUAAGAAAACUAAGACUAAGAACAAGAGUGUUAAAGCAGAUAAAAAGGGGAAAAGAAAAUUUCGUCAAAGACUUCGUGAUUUAUUCUGCUGCUGUCUUGGUCAUUCAGAAAGAGGACAUGAUUAG